AAAUGAUUCUUUUUUCUUCGGAAAAUUUACUUUAGCCUUAUCCUGCUGGUUUUUGGCAUGAAUUAACAAUGAAGUUUCAUUUUAAAAGACGCGCUGGAUGGUAUAUUCUGCAAGCUUAUCUUCCAACUUAUCUUACUAUUUGUAUAUCAUGGAUUUCAUUUGCUCUUGGUUCUAAAGCGAUACCAGCCCGAACAAUGUUGGGCGUUAAUUCACUUCUUGCAAUGACUUUUCAGUUUGGCAAUAUUAUAAGAAAUUUACCACGGGUCAGCUAUGUUAAGGCAAUAGAUGUUUGGAUGCUAAGCUGUAUGACUUUCGUAUUCUGUUCAUUAUUAGAGCUUGCCUGGGUCGGCUAUCUGAGUAGGGAAGAAGUGGACACAUCAAAACCGGUAAUAGCUAAGGUAUCGCCAACGACACAUCAGGAUGAUGAUAGUAUCAAAUUAAUGCAUCAAGACCGUUAUGAAACAAAUUCCUUACUUCCCAGACGGAGACCAGCUACUGAGGAAGACAAUGCAUUAAUAAGUCUUGCUCGUGGCAAUGAUUACGGUUACAUACCACCCGGUUAUGGUCUCAACGAUCAUUUGAAAGCAACUAUGGCUUCAAUAGCUGGUCCUUGUGGUUGCUUACAGCGAGAACCCAUCCCCAAUACAAAAUCCUACUCACCCAUCCCAAUGUCAUCAUACGACCCUGCUUCACUCUCUAAACAAAGGACCAUAUCAGUGGUGAAUGUGACAGCUACAACAAAAACUUCGCAAAAUGGUUUGAGCAUCAGCACUGCGGAGUCUGUUUCGGAAAGCAGAUGUGUGAGAUGCAUUUGCAUCACCUCUUACCGCUUGCAAAUAUGCUACCAAAAUAACUGGACCGGAUAAUCCUGGUAUCCUAAUGAUGCGUUUAUCAAACUCUUACAUCAUUAGUUUUUCAAAAUAGUGUGGUACUUUGAAAAAAAUUUUCAAAUGAUAUUUUCCAGGAGCAAGCAACACAAUAUAUUGAUAAGCUAUCAGCAGUAUUAUUUCCGACGCUGUUCAGUGUGUUUAAUAUUGCAUAUUGGUAUCAUUACCUCAAGGACUGAUAAAUUUUAUAUAUCAUUAUCCAACAAAUUCCUCAAUGGAAAAUAAUCGAUGAUAAGUUACCGAUUUCAUCAAGUCCGUUGUCAUAUCCGUUGUUGCAACGAUUGAGAAGGUCAAAUUAUUCAGUGCAUCAAAAUUACCAUGACGACAGGAUUCAAACAACAUUAAGGAACGACUCGCAUCGUUUCGUCCUUCCAUACAAAUUUACCAAAAGUCGGUGUGUUGGAAAGUGAUCAUUUCAUCAUAUAGAUUUCAUUGCUCAAUAUGCAUGCAUUGAUUAAAAGUAGUUUAAUUGUUUAUUAAUUUAAUUAAAUUUAAUCUUAUGAGUUUUUUAUUUGACCCAACCAACCGAUUUAUCGUUUAAGCCUUCUGCAUAGCACAACUACUUCAUCAUGCCGACCUCCGAUUUUUCAAGUUUUAACUUCCUAUUAACUAAAUUUUCAUUUCCGAUAAGGAAAUUGCAAAACCGUUUUUCAGCAAUAAAGAGAAGUUCCUCUUUUCC